GAUCUUUUAGAACCGUAUAAUCCAAAAACAUUCAUGCUCUACUUGAUGCAACUUACUGCUUACGUGGUUGCGACUGGAUGCCUCAGUUUUUCGGAUGAUAAAUUGGGAAUUAAAGAGCAUUCGUUUUACUCUGAAUGUGCGAGAUUCUGGACCUUGACUCUUGGUGGUAUCCCCCGAGUACCAGGAGGUAGUGUCGAAACUGUUGCCUUAUUCCUGGGUCAUCUAUGCUGCCAAACAAUUGAGGACUCGGAAUCGGAUGCUGGGAAAAUCUUACCAGCGACUGUGAUAGUCGCCACUGUUUUGAUUCGUUGCACUGACUUUUCAAGCACUGACUUUAACGACAUAGAAACUAGGGAGAGGGUUGCUAGCCUACUUUUCAGCCUCUACAAGUGCGUACUGCGAGCUGGUUCAAGGCGUUUCCAAGAGCUGCCGUCCCUCUUCGCUUUUGAGUGUUUAGCUACACUUGCGAAGGUGGGCUGUGUUACCAUUAACUUAUCUAAACUAGUUUCCUGCUUGCUCAUUGAAGCACUUAUUCAUCGAAUAUCUUUCUUGCAAACUGCUCUACUGCUUGAGGUUCAAGGUUUUCCUGAGCUUCUGCUUUUGGGAGAACCGGCUUGGACGACCUUGGCCCAAAAAAUAACGUAUCAUUGUCACUCGCAGGAACAGCUUACGAGGCUUGACUUCAUUGAGAAGCUUCCCCUAAACUACGAAUUUCUUUCGAUAAUUUGGUCUGUUUGGUUUCCAUUGCUUCGUGACCUUGAGCGUCAGAAUGUGGUUCGGCGGCUUAGUGAAACCUUCGAAAACGGCUGUGCGUCGCUUGAACACUCAAGAGCAUGUUGGAAUGGGGAAGUGUCUUCAAAGGAAUUUGAGAAAUCACCGCAGCCCAUUGGAGCCGAACGACUAGCGUUAUUUGUGGCAGAACAGUUCGUGAAGCUUCCAAUUAAGUUGGAGAUUCAAGUCUGUACUCUAUUUUUCGAAUCCGAUGCAUUUCGGAUAAACUUCCUUCGUAUGCUAACUCUUGUGGUACGCUUGGAAGGUUUAUUCUUCAAUCGUGCCUGCCUUAACCGAUUUGUUGAAAUAGUCGCCACCCUUCUGACUGAUUCAAGGUGUGAAGAUUCGGGAAAUCUCAUUGAUUUAUUAAAACUCCUUAACACCUGCCUCUUGAUGACAGGUGAAAUCGGUCUAAGUCAGGGUGAGUCUUCUCUUCUCCUCAGCUUCACUGAAUUCGAAUUUAUUUUAGUCACUCCUCACAUCAUUGAGCGGAUUGGUGCCACAAAAGCCUCCUGGAUGUACGCUGAGCGUUCGACUAUGAAAACUAUGAACUAUCUUCUCAUGGAAGAAGUUUGCGUGCUUGGCACUAUGCUUAUGUUUGGAGAAGGUCCCAGCGGUCUCUACACGAAAAUUACUCCAUUUAAAUCAAAGGGUGCAGAAGACGUUUAUUGUCCCAUAUUUGCUAUCCCUGACGUCCUCCUGCGUGCGAUCAAGGGCGAGGCACCAGCAAGAGUGUCACUCCGCGCCUGCUGUUCCGCAACUCUCUUGCUCCUAUACGCGCCCAAGGGCCUUCUGAUGGGACCUUGGCCAUCUUAUCAGGAAUCUCCAAACUGCAAGUUCUACUUCCAGUUGUUAAUAGCACUCUAUUCUAACCUGAUGGAUGCUACUCUGAACCCACUCCGGCUCAUCAUAUCGGCUCUGUUUGGGCGAACUCUGAGUCAAGGUAGUGAGGAGAUGGUUAAAGCGAACGCCCCCAAAGAGGGCCCCCUUUUUGGAGACUCCAUCUGGAAUAGUAUCAUCAUUGAACGUUUUCAGUUGGAGAACUUUGAUAAUGAAAAUUUCCCCUUCUCACCGUCCCUUUUGGCCUUCUUAGCCGAGGUAGUGAUGGUAUCGUUUAUGGCGCACUUUAAGCUCUCCAAGAACAAAGCCGUUACUUUUCUCACCAACGCGGCAAGGAAUUGCAUACGCCACAAACUUCAAACGGAGAAGUACUCAAUGAAAUCAACCAGUCUCCCCUCACUGGCAACUUACAGGCAAAUUUUGCUUCCAGAACUUCUGACAAAUUUUCAUAAAUGA